AAUUCCAUCUCUCAAAUCUCAAAUAUAAAAAACUCACGCAUAAAUCAUGUCAUCAUCAUCAUCAAAUUUAUGUGAUUUUUGUAACCAAAAACCAGCAGUAUUAUACUGUAAAGCUGAUUCGGCUAAGCUCUGUUUAUUCUGUGAUAAAUCCGUACACUCUGCAAAUGCUCUUUCAUUGAAACACUCUCGCUCUCAGAUCUGUGAUAAUUGCGGAAACGACGCCGUUUCGGUAGCCUGUUCCACCGACAAUCUCCUGCUCUGUACCACUUGUGAUCAUGAUUUCCAUGGAGACACCUCUGUUUCUUCUUAUCAUAACCGGUUUCCUGUUAAAGAAGUAUCCGGUUGCCCGUCGGUUAUCGAAUUAGCUUCACUUUGGGGAUUUGAUCUCAAAUCUAACAACACUAAUUAUUCUAACGGUAAAAAUAAGUAUUCCGUUACAAAUUAUUAUGAAAUAUCUAAUAAUGAGGUUCCUAAUGUGGAGUUAAAUUCCUCAAAUUGCGGCGGUGUGAUAAAUAAGGUUUUGUAUAAGCAGUUGUUGGAAAUUGCGAAAGAACGAUUGGAUAGUGACGGAGGUGGAGGAGAAUUGGGGCCGCAAACACCGAGUGAGUGUGGGAGGAGGGAUGUUUCGGAACGGUGUGAGUAUGAGGAGAAAGAUGAUAAGGAUUUGAUGAAUCAGGAAACGUCUUUGACGUAUUUGCUUAUGCCGCAGCCGCAACAGGAGGACGAUGAGUCGAGUUUGAAAGGGAAUGAAGGGUUUGCCAAUGAGUUUGGUAAUGUGUGGAGCUAUAGUCCUAAACGUGAACCGAGUCAGAUAUGGGAUUUUAAUCUAGGAAAAUCAGUUUCAUCUAAGGCAGGAAGAGAUGCUAAUCUUGGCUUUGCUAUAAACAACUGUACUGACAUAGUUGAGGACGCCUCUUUCACAACAAUGGAAGUUCUUAAAGAAAUGGAUGCCAUAAACAUAUCUUUUGGCAAUACCAUGUCCCAGAAUAAGCAAAUAGCCAGUUGCAGAUCAAAAAUGGAGAUCGACAACAAGCACACCACCGGGCCAUCAUCUGAAACCCAAAUGAUGGAAGUUGGAACUAAUUUGAGCAUCGAUAGCGAGAUGAUGAACCAGAUUUUAGCGACUAGUUAUGAAAUGGAUAUACCAUCAACAACCAAAUUCGACGCCCAACAGCUUGCCCAGAACAGAUGUAACGCAAUGUUACGCUACAAGGAGAAGAAGAAAACCCGAAGGUACGAGAAGUGCAUCCGUUAUGAGUCAAGAAAGGCAAGGGCCGAUACUAGAAAGCGAGUAAAGGGCCGAUUUGUGAAGACAAUAGAAUGAACAACUAGCUCCAAGUAUUUCAUUGUAUAUUACAGAUAGAUAGAUAGAUAGAUAGUAGUUUAUUUUAUUUAUGGUCAACGACCUUAUAAAAAAGAUUACAAAGGGGGAGUUGAAUCUUGGUUAGGUUUGUUUGCACAUGGCAAGUGAUACCUACGAUUAUGUAGUGAUUUUCUUUUUGAAAAAAAAAAAAAAGAGAAGGUGGCUUGUAAUGUA